AUGGCUGCAUCUACAGAGAAGGCAAACCCCCGCUCUCAUUACAAGGACUGGCCUAACACUCUAGGCUUUGAUGUCCACUAUGAAGAAAGGGAACCAGUUGAGCUUCGGGUGGAAGGCACAAUUCCAGCAUAUACCGCUGGCACCCUAUUCCGGACCGGCCUAGGGCCUCGGUCAUUCCAGACGUCCACAGCGAGCAAGUUCACGGUCAACCAUUGGUUUGACAACUUUUCUCAGAUCCAUCGCUUUCAGAUUCAUGCACCUCACGGUGAUGCGCUUGUUAGAGUCACCUACAACUCAAGGCUAACCAGUGACGGUCUUAUCGAAAGAAUCAAGAAAGCCGGGAAACUAGACGGUUUCACUUUUGCCGCCAAAUAUGACCCUUGCAAAUCAUUCUUUCGGAAGGUCCAAUCUGUGUUUCACUCCAGUGCAGAGCCAAAGCCCAACGAAGUCAACGUGGGGGUUACAAUGUCAGCCAAUUUUCCUGGUUUGUCGAGGAUUGGGGAGAAAAUGGAUGGCCCUCACGACCCGACACGAGGAAUUACCUUGUGCAAUAAAACAGACGCCACUAUGAUGCAGAUGAUUGAUCCUGAAACCCUAGAGCCUGUGGGUGUUGCCCGUCAAACGACCUUGCACCCAGAACUCCAAGGCUUAGGCAGCGGUGCCCAUGCAAAAUCCGAUCCCAGUACAGGAGAUGUUUUCAAUUACAACCUCGAUUUCGGGCGGAGCGGCACAUAUCGAGUCUUCCGGGUUUCCGCAUCUGCUGGCAAGACUUCUAUUUUGGCCAAAUUCCAUCACACGCCCGCAUAUCUGCACUCCAUCUUUUUGACCGAGAAUUAUGUGGUGCUGUGUGUGUGGAACUCCUUCUACAAAGCCGGUGGUGCCUCAAUCCUAUGGCAUCGCAAUUUGCUUGACGCUAUGACGUGGGAUAACACAACGCCGGCCACUUGGUUCGUGGUCGAUAAGCGCCCAGCAGAAGAAGGUGGGAAAGGUCUCGUUGCAAGAUAUGUGUCAGACGCCUUCUAUGCGUUCCACACAAUCAAUGCAUAUGAGGAGCCCUCGAGGACGACCGAGGGCACGGUGGAUAUUGUUGGUGAUGUGGCUGCUUACGACAAUAUGGACGUGUUGGAGCGUUUCUAUCUGGACAAUUUGGUGAGCGAUUCGCCCCAGGCGCGUACAUACCUUGAUUCGUUUGGCCCAACCAUUCGCCCAAGCUAUCGAAGGUACCGGUUGCCGUCGCUGUCCAGCGCUCCAACAGCGACAACCAGACAGGCCAACAUUGAGUACACCAGCGGCAAGGAAGAUGCGUUUGAACUUCCCACAAUCAACCCUCAAAUGGUCACCAAGAAGCAUCGAUAUAUGUACGGCAUCUGCGACACUGGGAAAUCGACCUUUGUUGACGGGCUUGUCAAGUACGAUGCUUGGAUGCAUUCAAUCUUGCGAUGGAGUCGGCAUGGCCACACGGCCGGGGAGCCAAUUUUCGUGCCUGACCCCGAGGCUGCCGAAGAAGACGGCGGCGUCCUGCUGUCCGUGGUACUGGACGGCAUAGGCGGGAAAAGCUAUCUACUGGUCCUGGAUGCCAAAACCAUGGAAGAAGUUGGACAAGCGCAUGUUGACGGCGCCAUCGGGUUUGGUUUCCAUGGGCUUUUCCUGGGCGGAAAAGAGCCUGUAGGUGGAAUGAAUGGAAUACACUUGUGA